GAAUCUAUGUCCACAUUUGUUUAUCAGUCUUCCGUUAAAAUUUAAUUGAAAAUUAAUAAUAGUGCAGCAUAAACGUCCUUCAUGUAAAAUCAUUAAUGAUUAUAUUAAACGAACAUGACUGGGGAAACAGAAAAAUCCUACAGCUUUAAAGUAGAAAAUAAAUUCAUAGUUAAAAGUGGUUGCAAAAAACGAAUGUGGAGGUCCCUAAAACAAAUUUUAGCCGCUGACAGAACCUUACCUUGGCCCGAUGAUGCAGUUAUAUAUUAUUCUAUAAACGCACCACCAACAUUCAAACCUACUAAAAAAUAUUCAGAUAUAUCUGGCUUACCUGCACCAUAUGUAGAUAGACAUUCCAAGCUUUACUACAGUAAUGCUGAAGAAUUUGCUACUGUGAGAAACCUACCCAUGGAUAUUACAGCUGGAUACCUCCAAUUGAGAGGAGCAAGCACUAUUGUAGGAUAGUUCCAACAUUUACCAUUUCAAAAAUGUUUCUAAUUAUCUGCCUUGAUAUUUUAUAGGAGACAUUUUUAUUGGUCGGAUAACUUUAAAACAAAAUUAAAGAAUCAACCUUUAUGCUUUUUGAUGUCAAACAUUUUUGUUGGUUUGUAUCUGAAUGCUACAUAGGAGAGUGUAAUGUCAAACUUUUAUUUAAUAAAUUGUUUGUUUUCUACACA